UUCACGUUUAAAUGUUUUAAAGUACAUGUAAAUUAAUAUUUUAAGUGUUCGUAAGCUGUCAUAAAUGAAGACACUUCUAUUAAUUAUAUCCCUAAUAUCAAUAAGGGCAGAUACACAAUGGAGAUUAGUAGGUGCUCCUCUCCUCCACGUACACCCUUGCAAUGACACCGCUGAUGUGACCGUGGCCUAUGAGCCUGGGAAGCCUCCAGAUGAAGAAAAUGAGUAUAAACUACAGAUUAGUAAGGAGUUUCCCGCGCAAACGGUUAUGGUUUUGAAGUUUGAUGCUGAAGCUAGUGUUACGUUGACUGAAAAAUCGUACGCAAGAUUAUCCGUAGACGACAACGAUGAUUUUAACGUGAGGUUUUUCAAAUCACAUCAAGGCAUAACACUAAAUAUAAAGGGACCUGUGAAUAGUCAUGUUGUACCGUAUUUGACUAAUUUGGAAAUAAAUAGUGCAAAUUACUGCCAGAAUGCAAAAGUUGGCUACCUAGAUCAAUACAUAGAGGGUUAUAAAGACCACGCGGAAACCAAAAAGAAGUUACUCGAUCAGUCCUGUGGCAGGCGUAAAAUUAAAUACACAGAACUGAUUGUGAACGGAGCUACCACUCAGCCAGGUGACUGGCCCUGGCACGUUGCUAUAUACAGACUGGAUAAAACUGUCAUUAAGUAUACAUGUGGGGGGACUUUGAUAUCGAAGAGCUUUGUUUUGACAGCUGCACAUUGUACAACAAUUCGUGGUGCUGCCGUAUUACCUGAAAUACUAUCUAUGGUAUGUUGUUAUAUAAAUAAUUUGAUUUCUAACUCCCAGGUGCACUCAAUAAUAGUUCAUGAAGACUUCGCACCAAAAAACCUAAACAACGAUAUAGCGCUACUUCAAUUGAAGACAGAAGUAACUUACAAUGACUACAUCCAACCAGCAUGUAUCUGGCAGGCGUCUGCGUAUGAAAGACUACCUACUAAUCGAGUUUAUGGAACUGUUGUAGGCUGGGGUUUUGAUAACACAGACCAUCUUUCCACGCAACUAAAGAGCGCCACAAUGCCAAAAGUAUCGGAAAGUAAGUGUAUAAAGAAGAAUCCCGUCUUCUAUGCUACUGUAAUGAAUGAUAAGAAAUUCUGCGCUGGAUUAAAUAAUGGAACAUCAGCGUGCAACGGUGACAGCGGCGGUGGUUUCUCAGUCUUCGUUCCAGAUAUACCGAAGGACAAUUCUACAAACGGUGCCUGGUACGUGAGGGGCAUCGUCUCGCUCAGCGCUAAACGAAGUGACGCUCCUGUAUGUGAUCCGUAUAUGUAUGUGGUGUUCACAGAUGUAGCUAAGUACGGUGGGUGGAUUAGAAAACAUUUGAAACUUUAAAUAUGUUGCUAAGUAUUAUUAUUUAUGCAAGAGGACGCAGCAGAGC